AUGGAGGCUACAAACUUGGCGCUGCCUCCUCGAGAGACGUUGAAGCCACGCUCGGAGCACAAAGGUCUAGAAAUGAAUAGUAAGCCUAACCAAGUCGGAACGGUACUACUAUAUGGCGUCCCUAUAGUGUCCCUAGUCAUUGAAGGCAUCGAACGGCUGUGUCUCGCGCAGAUAUCGAACACUUUGCUGAAGCAGUUCUCCUAUAACGAAAUACACAACCGACGGGUGGCGUUGGGCAUCACCUGCGUUCAGUGUACUCCAGUACAGCUGGAGAUACUGAGAAGAGCUGGUGCGAUGCCGGUGUCUUCACGGCGUUGCGGUAUGAUAACCCGUCGGGAAGCGGAGCGUCUUUGCAAGUCGUUCCUAGGCGACAACGCUCCUCCGCGACUACCUGACGAUUUCGCAUUUGCCGUGCACCACGAGUGUGCUUGGGGUUGUCGAGGUGCAUUUUUACCAGCCAGGUACAACUCGUCCCGAGCGAAGUGCAUCAAAUGCGCGUAUUGCGGACUUUUCUUCUCUCCAAACAAAUUCAUAUUUCAUUCUCACCGCGUCGGACCUGGCGAUAAAUACGUUCAACCUGACGCCGCAAACUUCAACUCAUGGAGGCGACACAUGAAGCUCAGUGGAAGUCCUCCCGUUGAGGUGGUUCACGCCUGGGAAGAUGUCAAAGCUAUGUUCAAUGGUGGUACUAGGAAAAGAAUGCUGUCUGCUGCUAGAAGGGUCCCAAUUCGCAGGCCGGAAGUGGAACCUGAGGCCAAGCGCGCGGCCGCCAGUCCGCCAGCACACACGCCAGUGCCAAGACUGGCGGAUUAUGUAUGGGGAGCGAGGCUUCCCUUACCAUACGCCUUGCCAUGGCUGAAACCAACUUUGUGGUCACCUGGCGCAUUAACUGCCUUAAGUGGCGUCGGAGCUAUUGAGGAACCCCGUGCCUUCCGUCCAGUGCGCUCACAUCGUCUCGAAUCGCCACAAAUUUCGCCCGUAGUUUCACCAUCAAGAUCACCUAACAGAUCGCCAGCAACAUCACCAAGACAAUCUCGGUCUCCGCUGCGAUCUCCGCUCCGCUCUCCACUCCGCUCGCCCGCCCGCUCGCCCCUCCGUUCAUCGCCAGCCCACUCCUCUAAAAGUGACAGAGAUAGUGAUGAAAGUGUCGACAUUGAGACCACAGAAGAGGAUCAGACGAAGGACAUGCGAUGUUCCUGGCCAUGUCGCUCAGCCCCCACCCCGCGUCCUGAAGAUUGCUGGAGCGGACUUGUUCCGAAGAUAGAGCGGGAUGAAGACAGGGAACCGUGGAGGUUGCCUGAUCUGCGCCCAUCAUUGCACUACCUUCAUGAUCGUGAAAGAGACAAUUGCGUUGCUUGUGUUGCUCCGUUACCGCUGCUACAGCCCCCUGCACCAGCGCCCCACUAACUAUGUAGGAGUAGAAGGAAUCACAAAGCAAUAAUCAAAUGUACCGAUAGAUGGCACUGCAAAGCGAAACAUUCAUUUUCAGUGUUUCCAGUUUCA